UUAAAAAGGAAAUUUUAUUAGAUUUCGGCCUCAAGUCGUUGAAGAUUGCAACAGUGAGUUGAUGGAAUAAAUUUUGCAAAGGUUUACUACAGUACCUACCCAUUCGUAUACCUACAUUAAAACACAAUGACUUCAAUAAUCACUAUCACUAUUUUAAUUGCAAUGCCAGUAUACAUAUUCGGUUAUGAAAGAAAUAAAAAUGAACCAAUUAAGGCAUGCGGUAGUGCUUUAGCCGAAGUUGUGGCUUCAGUUUGUGAUAGUGUAUACAAUCUCCAGAAAAGAGGCGAUGCGCAAAAUGAUGACUUGGAACCAGAGUAUUAUUAUAAUCACGAAAUGUUCAUCGAUACAGAUUCCUCAUACCCAUUCAGAUCAAAAAGAAGCGCUGCACUGAUGUUCAAACCCUUCAGAGGAAAUAAAAGGAACGGAGGAGCAGUCAGCAUAGUACAUGAAUGUUGUAUGAAAUCUUGCACAGUCAACGAAUUGACGGGUUACUGUGGUUAACAUUUUGCCAGAUUUUAUCCCGAACUCACUCAGCAAUGUUAUGAACGAAGUCAUUUUUUUGUAAGAAUACGAAUACGAAGGUAUUAAAAUUAGUUGGAAAGUGUUGAUAAAUAAAUUUUUUCACCAGUUA